UAAGUCAUAUGCAAUUCCCUUGCAUCGUCACUAUGUAUAUCUAACUGGCAGUCUGACACAAUUUGUCUUCCUUCGUCCCAUUUCCCUUUCAAAUUUCUGUCUCCACUUUCUUUAUAUCCUGUGCAUCCCUUAAAAUUCCGCAGACCUAAAAUCAAUUGAUCUAGCUGAAAUACCAGCAGAGAAAAUCAGCAAAAAAAAGAAAAGAAAAGAAAAGAAAAAUUCAAUCUGGGGGCUAAAUUCUUGAUUGAUGGGCGCUGCUUUUUCCAUGUUAUUUUCAAGCACAAACACCCCUGCAGCUCCAGCAUCAAAGCUAGGCUUAGGGGACUUGCCUGAGAGUUGUGUGGCCUCUGUUCUUUUGUACUUAGACCCUCCAGAGAUCUGUAAGCUUGCAAUGUUGAACAGGGCUUUUAGGGGGGCUUCUUCUGCUGAUUUUGUUUGGGAAUCAAAGUUGCCUCUCAAUUAUGGUUCUGUUAUUGAUAGAGUUGCAGAUGAUGGUUGGAAACAGGGUUGUGAUGAUUUUCCUAAGAAUUUGUGUAAAAGGGACAUUUAUUCAAGGCUCUGUAGACCCAAAUCUUUCGAUGGUGGCACCAAGAAGGUCUGGUUGGAUAAAAGUAGUGGAAAGUUUUGUUUGUCAAUUUCUUCAAAUGGGCUGGCCAUAACAGGCAUUGGUGAUAGGAGAUACUGGAGUCGUUUGCAGACCGAAGAAUCAAGAUUCCGUUCAGUUGCAUAUCUCCAGCAAAUCUGGUGGCUUGAAGUUGAUGGAGAAGUUGAGUUUCCCUUUCCAGCAGGGUCCUAUAGCCUUUUUUUCCGGCUGCAACUAGGACGUACUUCGAAGCGAUUUGGUCGUCGGGUUUGUAACACCGAGCAUGUUCAUGGUUGGGAUAUAAAGCCAGUAAGGUUCCAACUUUCUACUUCAGAUGGUCAGCAGGGCACAACACAGUGCUAUAUCAAUGAACCAGGAAGAUGGAUCUACUACCAUGCGGGAGAUUUUGUUGUUGUUGAUCCUAGCACAUCAAUGAAGGUCGAGUUUUCAAUGACACAGAUUGAUUGCACACACACAAAAGGUGGUCUUUGUGUGGACUCCGUGUUUGUAUAUCCUAGUGAAUUCAAGGAGAGGUUAAAGCUUUGUCAAAUGCAGUAGCCCUCUGAGUUCAAGGAGAGGUUAAGCCUUUUUUAAAUGCAGUAACCCUCUUGGUAAUUUAGAUUGUGGUCCUAGAUUCAGCCUAUAUGGCAGCCAAUAGAGUCCUAAGUAGCCAAGGCAAUGUGCAUAUUAAUACCUUGGCAUUUUUGUGUUUAUCUUUGUAAAUCACUUUAAGCGCCUGAGAAGGAGCUUACCUGUCUAUUUAGCAGAGUCCUUUCUGUCUAUCCAAUAAAUAUGACUUGGUCUUCUAAGAGAUCAAAAUUGUGGAUGAGAUAAAUGAGUGGAUUUGAUUUUCCGAGCUUAA